GCAAAAUUGCAAAUUGCAGCAAUGGACAAGUUUCAGCUAGCAUCAUCUUUGUUUGUAGCAGCUCUAUUGCUGAAAUGUUGUAUCAGCGAGGACUAUCAUCCUCAAAGGACAUUACUGAUUGAUUAUUAUCCAAAAUCCAGCUCUCCAACAAACUUUCUGUUCCGUGGCAACAUGCCUGUCAUUAACAACACAUUUGCUUAUAAAGAAAUAAUGGAAACAAUGUCAGAAAUUGUAGUGAAAAAGAAUUUUACAUUUCCACAAAACCCACUAUUGGUAGUAGUCAGUUACUUAAAUCCCUUCGAAUAUUCUGAUUUAAAGAUUGAGAAGGAUUUUUUCAAGGACAAUCCCCAAAACGGCUCAUUUUAUAAUAGAGUGAUUGUUGGUACUCCGUUUCCUCCACCACAAAAUGACACAAAACUGUUAAAGGACAUUGUAAAAGAACGUGUAGAUCUCUCAGUUGAUCAACUGCCAAAUCUAGCGUCAUUUCUACACACUCAGUUAAAACAACAAGGCCCUGUUGUCAUAUACUCUCACUGUGAAGCUGGCACUGAUAGAACAGGAGAAGUAAGUGGAGCCUAUUACUUGACGUAUCUCAAUAUGACAUUUACUGAGGCUCUUGCUAUUGACAAUCACGUACAAUCCAGAGACAUGGAGACGGUGUCCCGCAACGGCCUACAGUGGUAUUGUUUUUAUCUUCUUUUUGUGAAAGGAUAUGACAAACUUGAGUGUCUAGUAUAAGCUAACUAAAAUGUGUUUGUUUUAUGAUCACAAUCAUGUGUGUGUAUAUGUGUGUGAGUACAUUAGCGUUGUAUUAUAUUAUUUAGUAUAAGUAGGAAAUUUCAUUAUGUAUCAUAAUGCUAAUAUUUUCAGUAAACAAA